UUUUAUUUACAAGUUUCAAACAUAUUUGUAAUAUAAAAUAUUUUUUUUUUUGAUUUGAAGAAAUAUACUAAAUAACAUUUUGCCUGUUUUUGCUAAAGUUAAAAGCACCAAUAAGACAAUUUUUUUCGCAAAAACGAUGAUAACAUCAAGAAACAAAGUUAUCCAGAGCAAUCAUAUUUUUGGUCAGUUAGUUUUGGGGCCUCCAGGUUCAGGCAAAUCAACGUAUUGUUUUGAAAUGUCUAAAUAUUUACGUGAAAUUGGAAGAGAAGUAUCAAUAAUUAAUUUGGACCCUGGAAAUGAGAAUAUGAAAUAUACUCCUGAUAUUGAUAUAAUGAAUCUAAUUAAAGUAGAAGAUGUAAUGGAAUUUCAUAAAUUGGGGCCAAAUGGAAGUUUGAUGUAUUGCAUGGAAUAUUUGGAAAAAAAUGUGAAAUGGUUAAUAAGUGAAUUGAAAAAACUUAAACCAAGUUAUUUAAUAUUUGAUUGUCCUGGUCAAAUAGAAAUUUUUACACAUAGCCGGUGUUUAUCAAACAUUUUUAAUAAAUUAGAAAUUAUGGGAUAUCAUUUAUGCUCCGUAAAUUUAAUUGAAUCCCAUUACUGUUCUGAACCAACAAAAUUUAUAUCAACGCUAUUGCUUAGCUUAAAUAUUAUGUUAAAUAUCAGCCUACCUCACGUAAAUGUACUUAGUAAGGCCGAAUUAUUUAAAAGAUUUGAGUCAAAACUGAUCUUUAAUUUAGAAUUUUAUACCGAGGUUUUAGAUUUAAAAUUUUUAUUGGAAGCAAUAGAUUUUGAUUUUCCAAAAUACGCCAAAUUAAAUGCUGCAAUCGUUUCAAUGGUUGAAGAUUAUAGUCUGGUAACUUUUGAACUCUUAGAUUACUAUAAUAAAACUACAGUCGCAAAAGUGAAGCAUGCAAUUGACAAAGCAAAUGGUUAUAUAAAUGCAAGUGAAGAAUCAAAUGAUUAAAAAUUAAAUCUUGAUCCACAUUAAUUAUUUUCUUUUUUGGAAUGCUAGUUUGGAUUUAAAAAUUGUAGAAUAUUAAAUUAAUAAAACUGUAAAUGAAAGCCAA